UAAAAAAAAAAUCCCAAUACGUCGUCGUUGGAAUUAGGGUUGUGCAUACACUCACUUGCCUCCUCCGACUGUCCCUUUCCGUGAGAACCGUCACUCCGCUCCGCUGCAACGGCCAAGCACGACGGCCCUUGGAGCCUACAGGACUCUCAUCAUAUAUGGAAAACUCACGCCAGGAAAAAGUUCAAAAAUUUGAAGAAUUUGUUGACAAACGCUUGAAACCUGAUCUUCUUCAUGCUAUUUCUCAGCGGGACAAGGUAUUUGAACAACAGAAAAUUUUUGCUGAUUUGCGAAGAAACAUUGAAAACCUAGAGAAGAAUAGUGUAACCAGUCUACGAACUUUGGUCAAUCUUGGGUCUGAAGUAUACCUGCAGGCAGAAGUGGAAAAUACGCAACACAUAUUUGUAGAUGUGGGAUUUGGAUUCCAUGUGGAGUUUACUUGGUCUGAAGCUUUGAACUACAUAGAGAAAAGGGAAGAAAAGAUAGCCAGGCAGAUAGAGGACUACACCCAGUUAAUUGCAUCAAUUAAAGCCCAAAUUAAGCUUGUUUGUGAAGGGAUUCGAGAAUUACUUCAACUUCCAGCUGAGAGAUCUUUACCAGAACGGAUAUUUUGAUAUUUACUGAAAUAUGUUCCAAGUUGCUCACAUCUUCAACUUCAAGCUGAGAGAUCCUUACCAUGAUGGAUAUUUUGAUAUUUAUUAAAUAUAUAUCAAGUUGCUCAUACUUUGGUCACCAUGAUCUAAAGAAGAAAUCCAUGUGAAACCGAACAGAGAUUGAUGUUACAUCUCUUUCUCGGACAUUGUACCAAAGUACAUGAAGAUACAUGAAAUGCUAUUAUGUUAUCUUAUUACCUUUUUUUUUUUUUUUUUCCUUU